AUGAUGUCCGAUGAUCUCGUUGCCGUGCUUUUGUCAAACGUUCCUGAAACUAUAUCACUCAACGGUCUGUCUGCUUAUGGCCAUCAGAUUUCGCUGCCUCGACUCCCGACAUACUUAGGACACGAUCCAGCUGUAGUUGAUGUAACGCUGGUUGAGAACCUGUUAACGCAAGCAAAAGAUGGAUAUUUGGACGCUCAAGGGGUCGGGAACUCGUACAAGGCUCGAAUCAACACUUAUCAAAGCGACCCACGUUUUAAUUUGAGCGAGAGUCAGCUGAGUCAAGCGUUCGGCGAAGGAUCGUUUCUUUUGCUUGUUUUUGGCGGAAAUCGCGAUGAUCGUAUCUCGACUGAACACACUCGCUCCUUUCUCAUUGAAGAAAAGUUCCCGGACAACUGGGUACCUUCGUCUACUUACGUCACACUUGACCAAUCACGCAACGUUGCAGAUCAGAUUCGUGCUGUCGUGGUGUAA